AUGGGUUCUAUCUCGUACAUCCCCUACCGCCUCGAUGGCAAAGUCGCUCUGGUGACCGGAUCCGGCCGCGGCAUCGGCGCCGCGAUGGCUGUCGAACUGGGCCGAUGCGGCGCAAAGGUCAUCGUCAACUACAGCAAAUCCGCCGGACCCGCCAAUCAGGUCGUCGAUGAGAUCAAAUCCCUGGGGUCCGACGCCGUCGCUCUCCAGGCCGACGUCAGCCAGGUGCCCCAAACCGUCCAGCUGUUCGAGGAAGCCGUCAAGGUGUUCGGCGGCAUUGACAUUGUGUGCUCCAACGCCGGCGUCGUCUCAUUCGGACACCUGAGUGAGGUCACCGAAGAAGAGUUCGAUCGCGUCUUCAGCGUCAACACCCGGGGGCAGUUCUUCGUCGCCCGCGAAGCGUACAAGCAUUUGAACCAGAAUGGUCGGGUCAUUCUGAUGAGCUCGAACACGGCCGACUCGUUCACCGUCCCGAAGCAUUCGCUCUACUCUGCGUCCAAGGCCGCCAUCAACACUUUUGUGCGUUGCCUGGCCAAAGACUGUGGCGACAAGAAGAUCACCGUCAAUGCGGUUGCCCCCGGCGGCACCGUCACCGAUAUGUUCCAUGAGACGGCCAAGGACUAUCUGCCCAACGCGGAUAAGCUAUCCAAGGAGCAGAUUUUGGAUAUUGUGGCUCAUGUCUCGCCUUUGACCCGGUGCGGGUAUCCCGUCGAUAUCGCCAAAGUAGUGUGCUUCUUGGCCUCGAGCGAGAGCGAAUGGGUGAAUGGGAAGGUUCUUGGAAUCGAUGGUGGUGCUGCUUAG